UUUAACUGCUGGCAGGAUAGUUGUGGAACAAGGAGAUUUGAAGGUAUUGAAUCGCUACAAAUCUUUCUUUCAAUGCUAAGUAACUCUUUUUCUUGUUUUGGUUGUUUUCAAGCAGGUUGUGUGGCCUCACAGUGGACAUUAUCGACCUACUCCAGAAAACUUUCAAGACUUCAUUUGUUUCUCAGGGAGAACGAUGUGGACCUAAAUCAUGUUCAGUAUAUGGGACUGUGUUGAAUUGGUAUUGAGAAUAGAAAGAGGCAAGGCACUGAUGCUACUGUCUUUAAAUAAGGCCAUUCAUGAUCUACUUAUUGAAUCUUCCUUAGUGGUGGUAUUAGUACCUUAUGGUACUCAUUCCACUAAGGGGGAGACAGUACUUGGAAAAUGUAUUGGUUCUAUGAAAGUUCAAGACCGGGCCAUACAUGCAAGACAAGGAUUCAAAAGAAAACUGCAGCCAGUAGCAGUUCAGCAAAAUUGCUGGUUUUUUGCAUUUUUCAGCAGGUGUAUUUUCUGCAAGGGGCUGUCAAAAAUGCAAGAAGCAGCUGGAUUUUUGUUACAAUGACAUGGGAAAUUCAGUUGCCAAUGAAACUUACAUCAGUUUAGAAUGCAAGUAGAGGUGAUAAAGUUACUGGUUGAUCUUCAGGAAUUUACUACUCUAUUAUUAAUGAUCAUGAUUGCUGGUUAAUUCAUCAAUUUCUACAUGCAGCACCUCUAGUCAAGAUCACAAGACUUCAUCUGCUGCAUCAAGUAGCAGUAUUUUGGUCUUGAUUUGAUCAUCAACUGUUCAAGAUCAAGUUAUUCAUUUCAUUUUACACUUUUAAUUCUACUUCUUUUAAUUAAUUCUUUAGCAAUUUGUAGUAUCAAGUUAAGACAACUAUAAAUCUUAAUUUGGUCAUUAGUUUAAUGUGCUCUUAUUAUUAGCCUUUGGCUACAUUUGUAAAUAACUUUUGGAUUUGCUUUGAGAAAAAUUUAUAAAAUUAUCCCUAGGCACCAAAAUGCCUAGUGGACUUUAAUUUUAAAAAAAAAAAUAGUUGACAUGCAUGAUUCUUUUGGAAACCUUAAUCUCCCCCCUGGUGAAUUAUUUUGCAUUUGCUAUACAAUGGAAAACUACAAAAUGAAGAAAAGAUCAAUCACAGAUCUAACUAAAACACAAAAUUUCAGCAAAACCAAACUAAGAUUCUAGCACCAACGAAGUUCUUUUUCCCCAAUUUUAAUUCUCACAAAAAAAAAAAAAAUCAAUUUACAGCCACACUAGAAUGAACCAAACAUAGUAAAAUUUUAAAAGAGAAUGAAUUCUUACCAGUCAAGAAAAAGGGCUUAGAAAAUAAACAAAGAACAAGAGAAGAAAGUACAGCAAAAUCUUAAAAUAUUCAAUCAAUGCCACUAUCAUAACAAUAUUUAGAUGUGAAUAAGAUGAGUUUUAAGAAUCGAGUAAGAAACCCAGUUCACUAACACUGAUUUCCAAUCACAUAAUAU